CUUCCCGUUGAAGAGACUGCACCAGCAGAACCACGGGCGGUGUUCCCUUUCCGAAUUUGUUGACGUAAAGGGGGUCUUCCAUUCUCCAUUUCAUUCCUUUCACCGGAACCGUCAAGAUGGUGAAGCCAGUGCGAAAAAGUUCAACGAAGAAUCCUCCAAUUCUCAGUCACGAAUUUAUAAUACAGAACCAUGCGGAUAUUGUAUCAUGUAUUGCCAUGGUUUUUGUUAUCGGACUGAUGGUGCAGGCUACUGCACCGAUCGCGUCGAUAUUCAUUGCGCUUCAACAUAACGUGACCGAAACUGGCGAGAUACCGUUGUAUUUAUCCGGCGGAAAAGAUUGGGCGGGCAUUUUCUUCUACAGCUUGAUCUGUAUCGUAGUGCACGCGAUUAUUCAAGAGUACGUGCUCGACAAACUUUCCAAGAAGCUGCACCUGUCCAAGUCGAAGCUGGCGAUUUUUAACACCAGCGGGCAAUUGGCACUUUUCUACGGGAUAUCCGUGCUGUGGGCGUUGGAGGUUAUUCUUUUACGCGAACACUACAUUCCUGAUAUUAAUUUACUAUGGGCCGACUAUCCGGCGGCGAUGCCUUUCAGUAUGAAACUGUUUCUGAUCAUCCAAAUCGCGUACUGUCUACACGAGCUGCCCGAGCUCUACUUCCAGCGUACCAAAAAGGAGGAGUACCUCGAGAAAAUCACGCACAGCCUCGCCGCGUUGACGUUAAUCGCCGUACCUUACUUCCUCAACUUUAACCGCCUGCUGAUCUGCCUGAUCGCGUUGCACUACGUGUCCGAGCUCACCCACCACGUCUGCCAGCUAAUCCAAACCGUCGACAAGGACGAGAAGUUCACGAAGGGAACGCGCCUAGUCUCUAUCGCCGUCCUAAUCCUCGCUCGUCUCGGUAGCGUCGUCCUCGCCGUGGUCACCUUAUGGUUCGGUCUCGCCCUGGGCGAACAGCGCGAGCUCGACCUGCAGGCGGGCUACUUCAACAUCGCACCCGUUCGUCUAGUCCUGCUCACCGGAAUUUUAAUUUUACAACUCUAUCACACCUUCAACGUCGUCAAUCAGGCGGUGGCGAGGAUGCGCGAGAGCAAGGCGACCGUGACGUCGACAAGGAUCAAGCCUCAAAAGAAGGAUAAAUUUAAAAAAUCAAAGAGAGGAGGCGAAGAAUCUGAUUUGCCGGAAGUCGAUCAGAACACAAACAAGAACCUGAGGAGCCGUUCCCAGAAGACUAAAUAACUGAUAUAUACGCGACAAUUAAGACAUUCCUCGUUUCGUGAAGUUUAAUUGUGUCAUCGUCCUUUCCAUAGAUUAUUAAUACUCGUUUUGUAUAAUUUUUUAUGUGUAUAAAUGUUGCUGUUAUACAGUAUGUUAGUGUGAAUUAACGAGGCUAAGGAAUAAAUGGCUACAGGUUG